GGUUUCUGUCCAAUCACACGGAAUACUUUCUGGUUUCCAUCCAAUGGGAUUCUAAGUAGGCGUGUCUUCGCGGCAUUUUCAUGGCGCCACAUGGAGAAGUGUAACCUUGACUGAUCAGCGUCAUCGCUUCAAACGAGCACAAAAUAGCAAAAUGCAAGCGGCGAUGGACAUCACGGCAAAGUAUUGCCAUAAGGAAAUGGAUGCCUAUGGGUCAUGUGUGGCCUCCAACCCAUCAAUCUGGCAGGAGAAGUGUCAUGAACUGAAGAUGAAGGUUGCCCAAUGCACAUCAUCACACCCAGUGAUCCAGAAGAUCAGACAAGACUGUUCCAAGCAGUUUAUGGAGUUCGAGAAGUGUCUGAGGGAAAACCAGAGCACGCCUGCCUCCUGUUCAGCGCACGUCACUCGUUUUCUAGGCUGUGCUGAGACGGUGGAUCUCAGUGGAGUGGAUACAAAACCAGUACCUGUCCCGUCGUAACGUUCAACCAUCAAUUUCAACACUUAUCCAAAAGCAAAAAUUAUUUCGUUUUCUUCGACUUGAGACUGCAAUUGUUUUCCUACUUUCAAAUCAGACAUGACUUGUACCUACUGCCAGGCUGCGUAGACAAAAAUAAAAGUGACGCACAUCUACGCUGUAUUUCAUUAAAACUAAGGUAUGUCUUACUCAA